CGUACGUAACCAUAAAGCUGCUUACGGCCAGAAGGUCGCUUGGCUGGCUGCCCUUUCGGCUUCCUUUUUGUCGGCCUUUCCUUCCCUCGCCCUCCGGCCGCCUGGGAGGGUUUUGCGACAGCCGUAAUUAAGCGACAUUGCAGCAGCCGUAAAGCAGCACGCCCUCUUGAGAUCGUAGAGAGAGAGGGGGGCUCUUCCUGGAAGCUUUGUUUUGUGCAGUGAAGACGUAAUCCGUUAUCCAAAAAGAUGAGAAGAACCAAGUUGCUGCUUUCCAGUGACAGCCAGGAAGGUCCUGAAGACUGAUGCAGAGGAUUAACAAGAACGUAGUUUUGGGUCUUCUGACUUUAACCAGUUCAGUCUUCCUCUUGUUCCAGUUGUACUAUUAUAAGUAUUAUUUGUCCCCCAAGAAUGGAGCUGUUUUCCCCAAGAUUAAAGGGACCAAAACGGGGCAAGACAGUAGUCGAUGGCACGUGGUUAGAAAAUUCCUUAGUUUGGUGUCCAGUCACAACAUAGCUGUGCAUCUGAUUGAUCCCAUGCUUCUGGGGUUGAUUGAUGUAGACUUGGAGCAGCUCAGGACCUCCCCUGAUGGCAGCCAGUCAGAAUGCAAGUACUUUUGUACUCCCCGGGACUGCACCACAUUUGCACUACUGGACAAAGCUUGGAAACACGAGGUGGGCUUGUUUCGAGCUGCUGAGCGAGUGGGCUUCCAGUGGCUAAAGAUUCAGAACAAAGACCCACGUCUGGAAGGGAUGGAUGACCUCUCUGGGACUGAGAUCCCCCUGCACUACAUCUUCAGGCUGGCUGCUCAUGCCAUUCACCUGGUUGUUUUUUAUGAGAGAAGUGGAAACUACCUCUGGCAUGGGCCACUGCGGUUAAAAUUACACAUGGACCGGAAGUUUGUUCCUUUCCAGAAGUUACAGUUUGGCCGCUAUCCUGGAGCCUAUGACAAAUUAGAACUACUGAGUUUUGCCAUUGAUGGGUUAACAGUCCAGAUUCCAAAAGAACCAUCUGUGUUCCUAGAGGAAAGAUCCCAGUCUCGCUUUAUUGAAUGUAGGUACAGAGAAGCUCGCUCUUUCUUCCAGGUGUACCCUGGUGAUGCAUCUCUUGAUGCAGUGGAAUUCAGGAAAAAGGCCAAGGCACUGCUGCAUCUUGCUGCUCUGACAUUAAAUAGUUUAGGAGUCAAAUUCUGGCUGAGCAGCGGAACUUGCUUAGGUUGGUACAGACAGUGCAAUAUUAUUCCCUACAGCAAAGAUGUGGACUUGGGGAUUUUUAUUCAAGACUAUAAACCGGAGAUUAUUUCAGCAUUUCAGAAGGCAGGAUUACCACUAAAGCACAAAUUUGGCAAGGUAGAAGACAGUUUGGAACUGUCCUUCCAGGCAGGAGGUGAUGAUGUAAAACUUGAUAUUUUUUUCUUCUAUGAAGAGAAUGACCAUAUGUGGAAUGGAGGAACUCAGGCGAAAUCAGGCAAGAAAUUCAAGUACUUGUUUCCCAAAUUCACACUGUGUUGGACUGAGUUCAUAGAACUCAAGGUACGUGUACCCUGUGAAACCCUCCUUUACAUUGAAGCGAACUAUGGUAAAGAUUGGAAGAUCCCUGUGCAGUUGUGGGACUGGAAAACUUCACCACCCAAUGUCCAGCCCAAUGGGAUGUGGCCUAUUGAUGAAUGGGACGAAGUCAUUCAGCUGUACUGAUCUGUUUGCAAGACUUUGGAAUGUAUCUGUUGCCAGUUGAAUUGCACCUUGCCCAGAAGUCCUCCUCAAUUCUGGGAUGCUUCAUUCUAGUUGGAAAUGGAGGUAGAACAAGCUAGAGGAUUAGUGUAUGUUUUUGGCAGUUGUUUCUAUAACUGGGGAGAAGUUUUACAACAGUUUAUUUGUGAGGAAAAGAGCAGCAUGAAGCAGGAUUUUUGAUGAAAUAGUAUUGCGUCAGCAUGGUGUAGUGGUUUGAGCCCUGGACUAUGACUCUGGAGAUUAGGGUUUGAUUCCCCACUUGGCCAUGAAAACCCAAUGGGUGACCGUGGGCAACUCAUACACACUCAGCCUCAGAAAACCCCAUGUUAGGUUCACCUUAGUCACUAUGAUUCGGAAACGACGUGAAAGCACACAACAUUGUGUCAAACUGACUUAAGAAAUAAAUUGUACACUAUACUUUGUGCCACACUAAAGCCAGCCAGACCCCACAACCAUGUAUAAUAUUCCAUCAGAGCUGCCUAAAUUUCACAAGUUUUCCUGUCAGCCUAGAAUUGUAAAAAGUGAAAGGGACAGGGAUAAAUCACUUGGUACAACAGCCCAUUGCGUAAACCUAUGGAAGUCUCCAUCAUUCCACCUUCUCCUUCUACAGAUUAUUUCAAAAAAGGGUUUGAAAGCAUAACAAUUGGUGUCACCAAGCAUUGAUACACAGCUAAGAUGUGGAUGCAUUUGGAAAACAGUCUGAUGUUCUGGCCACCCUGUCCUUUGAAGUAUAGUAUAAAGCUGGAAGAGAGUCACAGGAAUGGAUUGAGAACGGAAGCUCCUUCCCUACAAGAAAGAACUGGAAUAUUUAAGGAUUUUAGGGAAUUAUGAAAUUACUAAUGAGUGGAAGAAGUGAAUAGGGAAAAGGUGUCCCCCCCCCAAUUAAUAGUAGAACUCAUAGGGGCAUCUAGUGGCUAAGAGUGAUGAACUAUUCAAGACAGAGAAAAGAAAAGCUACUUUCCACAAUGUAUAAAUCGGGUGGAGAAAAUGCAGCCUGCAGGUCGCAUGUGCCUCACCCUUCACCCAUUCCCCAAACUCAGGUAUCCCAAUUUAAAAAAACACACUUUUCAGUUCCAAAAUUCUCCUAAACCACUCAAGCAGCUACAAUCAGAAUCACUGGCAUGAGAAGAUUUUCUUCUCUUUAUCCCCCAAACCUAUCUCAAAAUAAAAGCAGGUGAUUUCAGCUAAAAGACCCAAACUGGAAGUGAUGUCACUUCAGACUGUUUUGAAUGCAUUCCUAUGGCCAGCCAUGAGGGCACAGGGGUAAAAAAUGGCUUCCACGUAGCAGAGUUGCCCACCCUCUGCAUAAUUAAUAGAAUUUGUUGGCCCAAGAUGUACUGAUGAGGUUAGCUGGCAGCAAGUUGACAGUAAGAACCAAUGCUGAUGAGGUGGGCAGACUACAGUUGGCAGUAAGAACCAAUGCUGAUAGGGUGGGCAGACUAUCACUAACUUAGGCUGAAAAUAGAUGGUAGUAAAGGGGCGCCUUUGAGCACCAGAUCGGGGUCACAGAGACUGUGCGCCACAGCCCCAAUCUGGCAUUUUUCUAACCCCAAAAUAAGCAGCAAAAUGCUGCUGCUUUUUGAGCUGGUAAAAAGCUGCCCUUUCUGUUGCAGUGGUGACUUUUCCCCAUUUCUAUGGCAUGGUGUAUGUAAAUGCUGUGCUACAGAAAUGCCGUGAUGCUGCCCCCUGUGUGGGGCAGCAUGAUGCUGGCUUGUGGGCCAACCACCCUGAAGCUAGCUCUUUUUACCAGUCUGUACCGGCAGUUAGUUUUCUUGGCUCUGUGCUACCUCUGUACUCAGAGACUGUCUUUGAGUCGCAAAGGAGCAAUAGCAGAAUUAACAGUGUGCCCUUCAUAUUCCUCUUGUGAAUGUUCUUGAAGCAUUUGGUUGCCUACUGCAUAAAAACGUGGGUGAGGCUCGAGGAGCCCUUGAUCUGAUCCAGCAUGACUCUUACAUUUUUAAAGUGUUGGAAGGAACCCAAUUGUUCUCACUCUGGUUCUUCUUUAAGGACGUUCCCUGAAAUCCUGCCCCAGUUAGCUUUCAUACAUGUGUGAUUGAGUGCCACUGACAGUUCAGCCUUUUUGCUAGUUCCAACUUGUUUUGCAUUUGGUCAUGGUAUUGAAAUUCAUUUACAAUGUCAAUUUGUCACAUCACAUUAUUAAGAGUAGCAAUUUUAGAAAUUUGAAACAGAGAAAGCUAGACCAAGAAACUCAAUUUCUAAGUAGUGCUGGAUGAAACUUCUCCUAGUAUAUAUUAUUUAUUAUAAAGUGUUAACAUGGACUUAAAGUAUGUUUAAAUUAUUUGGAGCUCUAUAAUACAAAGCACAAUAAUAUAACAGCUCUCUGAGAAGAGAGAAUGUGAAUAGAAUAUUUUCUAACAUGUUCAAAAUGUUCUUGGGUACUGUUAUAGAGAAUAAUUAACAGAGAAGGAACUAAUACAUAACACUGGCUAACAGUAUUUAAUUGAGUUUUAUUUAUUGACACAUGUUUAUUUUGUACAUUAUAUAAUCUAGUCAGCUGUGCCAAUCAAGGGAGUUAGUUGUGAUUAAGUCCCAUUGGAAUGAAUGAAGUUAGGGUUUUUUUGGAUUGGGACCGUUUGUUUAGGAUAUACUUGUUAUGUUAUUUAUGUCAUGGUACAGUUUUAACUUGCAGUUUAGGAUGCUAAUCAUUACAAAACAAUCUCAAGACAUUUGAGACGUCUAAAAGACAUAUUUCAUUCUUAUGGAAAUGUUCUUUGUUAUAAACAUGUAAAAAUAAAGUCAACCUGUUUGUUCAUUAUA